AGAGUUGUUGGCCCAGUUUGAGGCUCACAAUGGGUACAGUACAGCAAGUUCUUUGGAGCGUCCUUUGGGGCGUUAUUGCUGUUCAGUCUUUUCAGAGGCCUGAAGAUGCCAUGUUUCCUCAGGAUUUUCCUGGCCCGUUUGAUAAUAAUUGGCUCUUUCCAUUUGAAGGAAACCUGGACUUUCCACCGUUGGACACCAUCUUCAGCUCGUGGCAGAAAUGGAGCCCUGACUUCCACAUGCUGGCCGAAUUUCCUCCCACUAUGAACCUUCCAAGGGUCCAGGUGUCUUGUGAUGAAACCAAACUGACUCUGCUGGUCGACAAGAAAGCGUUCGGCCUCACGUUGACCGCAGAGGACAUCCAGCUGGGCAACGGCUGCUACAGCAACAAAGAGGAACCGAGUCAUCUUGUGUUUGAUUAUAACUUGGAUCAAUGUGGAACAACCCCUGUGCUCCAGAACGGCUUGCAGGCGUUCACUAACUCGCUCCACUUGAAUCUCAGAACUCCAGCCACUCCUUGGCAAACGCUCCCAACAAUUCACAUUUCCUGCAUACCAAAGAGGUUUCACACAGAACCAAACUUUAUCUCCCAACCGUCUUGGACUGCGAAGAGAUUUGACCUCCAAGCCAUGAAUCCAUCCUGGACACAUACGGCAGAAUCGAAUGUCUACAAAAGAGGCCUGUUGGUCAGACUGCAAGUUUCUGCUGAAACUAGACCUGGUCAGCAGCUUUUCAUCCAUUCCUGCUUUGUCUCGUCGUCUCCCGAGCCCCAGACUAGACCGAGACACGCAGUCAUACUAAAUAAAGGGUGUGCAUCCUCUCUGGGUUCUCCACAUACUGUUGCUCGGUUUGCAGCCACCAACCGAGCUGAUGUGGUGAAGUUCAUGCUCAAUACAUCUUAUCUCAUUGCUGAGCUGUAUAUCCAUUGUAGUGUGGUCCUGUCAGAUCAGGGAGUCAACGUUGCAUCCAAAUCCUGCAACUACAACAUGACCAGCUCAAGAUGGGAGGAACUAAGCGGUGAUGCGGACGUCUGUGCCUGCUGUAGGUCAAAGUGUAAAGGCCCAUCAAUCAAGAACCUUCCUGAUGAGGCCAAGGCAGUCGUCAGCGUUGGCCCCUUGAUGAUUGUAGAUGAAUGGGAGUUGAUUCCCACGCUUCCAGACACCAAGCCACUUGCUGCCUCUGGCUCAUCCUUACCCACCACCAUGAGGGCCAGCGCUCCUGCAGAAGACGACAUCAUUUCUGCUGCUUUUCCAGCACAAGCUGAGCUUCAGUCCUCCUCACAAGGUGUUUUAGUGGUGCGCCAGGAGCCAACAGCCAGGCUGACUAUGUGGUUACCAGGACAAGAUCUCACCUCUCAGCCUGAUGGGUUACUGGUUCAAGAUGGCUAUUCUGUUCAGGAAGUUUCAACCGCAUAUGGAAAUUCUCUGACUCGACCCACAAACGAAACGGAUGAAUCUCCUAGUGGAUCUUCACAGUGGGACAUGAAGCUGGUAACGCCAGCUGAUGGCUUGCAGAUCCCUCAACAAGAAAACGAGGUUGAGGAAUUUCAAAGCAAAAGCAGAAAUGGAAGAUCUGGGAACUCUGACACAGAAGCGGCACAGCCUGACUUCUCGCUUCCCACUGAAAUAAAUGUGAACCUCAUGCUGGUUGAAAAGCCAAAAGUUGCCAUGCCAGAUGCCACAGCAGAGAAGAUACAAAUGAAAUGGCCAUCAGAUGAUCCAGCUGUAUCUUCUGAGAUGCAGAUGGAUGCAGAGGCGGGGCCUGAUGAAGAGGUCCAGCCAGUAAUUCGCACAAAACUAGAAUUUUCAAAGGGGGCAGAUGGGUCAAAGAGGCUGAGUUACGAGGAAGAAUUGAAACAGGAGAAAAGGCAUGCAAAGGAUAACUUGAAGAGGAAGCCCAGACUCAAGGGGCUGCGCUCAACAUUUCUGGAUUUGUUGAGGAAAAUGGACAAGGAAGAAUGAUACAAAUGAGUAUCUUGCAACAAAAUAAAGCGUCUCUUUAAUAAC